AUGGCUUCGAUUGAGAUCAGUUCGACAGGUUGGUUAGCGAUCUCUUUUCGAAAUGGAAUUGUCGGUGUAUUCAAUUUACACAAUCUACUAUCAUGGAAAGUUUUUCAUUCUGAACCGGUGAACACCGGAGAGUGUGGCUUGAUUAAAUUCAGUCCGAGUGGCCGAAUCUUAGUUUGCGUUGGACCAGAUCAACAAGUGAAUGUAUAUACAAAAUCAAGCGUCUGCUGGGAAUUAAAACAGAUUGUUGUAAUGAAAGAUUUGAUUGUGGCUUUAGAUCUGACAGAUAAAUUGUUGUUAGUCGCUGAUAAGAAUGGAUCUUUAUACGGAAUUGAUUUAUUAUUAAAUGGUGGAAAUGAACCUUUGAUUGUUUCAGAAGAUUUGUGUCUAUUGAAACAUUCAUCCGUGAUAGUUGAUAUCGCUCUUGUACAUAUAAAUAACACGGUAUCAUCGAUGCUAUACGCUGAUCAAGAGAAGAGAAUUUGUCUACGGUGUUAUCCGAAUAUUUUGCACAAUGAAAGCAAUUGUCUCGGUCAUCAGGAUGUAGUUACUCAUUUGAAAUUAGUUGAUCAUCAGACCAUUAUUUCUGCAUCAGCCGACGGAAUGUUUCGUUUAUGGAAUCUACCGAAUUGUACUCCACGAGCCUUCAUUCAUGGCAAAGCAUUAACCUUAUCACCAAAAGAAACCUUCUAUACUCAACUAUACGAUUCCUCCGACAGUAUGCUAAAAGAAAAUUACCAAAUACAUGAAUCAUUAGAAGAUUAUGAACUGAAUGGAAGUUCUACAUUGACUUAUUCCAUUUGGAAAAUGGAUGUAGUUUCAUCGAAUCCUAACACUUUAACAAAUCUGAUAAAUUUUACCAAUACACAGCGUAAAUUAACAUUCGACUCCAGCUAUGGUACAAUCAAUGACUAUCGUUUCCCUCCCAACAAGAUAUCAUCCAAUAAUCAUGCCGGUGAUACUAAAUUUUACCUAUAUAUUCUGUUUAGUACUAAUACACUGCUCAAAGUCGAUAUUUCCUCUCUACUUACUUGUGACAACGCAGAAUUAUUUGCAACUACAGAUAAUCAUAUGCAAGAAAUUAAUCGUAUAUUAGCAGGCAACAUAUUCCAUGCCGUGAAUAAUACUAGUCAGAAGUUAUUAGUAGAUAGAGAAGCGUUUGACAGUCAUGUCAAUUGUGCUGAUGCUUCGUGUUUGAAACGUAAAAUAGAUAGUGACGAAGAACGACAAAAGAAAAAACUAACGUCAUAUCAACAUGAAGAGACUGUUUGA